GUGAAUAUUAGUUCUUGAUACAAAGGGAUACUUUUCGUUGGAAAACGUUUGCAGUAGUGGGAAGGGUCCGUGACUCAGGCAUAGUAUCCCGUAUGACUCUCCUCUCCCGUGUUGAGAUUUUGCUGGGUCAUGCAAAUUCUGGUUACAAUCAACCAGGCGUGACGGCUUGCAUUACUAGAGUAAACAUGCCUCAGACAAAAUGGAGAUUACAAUCCAAACCUCCAGCUUUUUGGAUCCCUCCAUCAUCUUUUCUGUUGUAAUCUUGUUGUUGCUAAUCACCUACUGGUACGGUACUCGCGCUUUCUUGCUUCUGAGCCGAUUGAAUGUCCCGGGUCCUAAACCUCUACCGUUUGUCGGCAAUCUUCUCGAGGUUCGCAAAUAUGGAAGCGUUCACUUGAUGAUGUUGGAUUACGUGCGAAAAUACGGCAAAGUCUUUGCUGUAUCCCUCGGCAUGAAGCCAUCUUUAGUCGUAGCAGAUCCCGAAAUGCUGAAAACGAUCAUGGUCAAAGAGUUUGCCGUGUUUCACAACCGCAUGCUUCCUACACCUCCGCCGCCCAUGAAUUCAGCCGUAUUCUCCGCGCGCGACGAGACGUGGAAGCGAAUCCGCAACAUCCUGACGCCCUCGUUCAGCGCGAGAAAGAUGAAACUGAUGGUGCCUCUGAUAGAGGAAUCCUGUGACGUGCUGAUGAAGAAACUAGAGGAAAUAGCGGAUACUGGUAAAACAGUGAACAUCAUGGACUGGUUCAGUAUGCUAACAUUGGAAAUUAUCAUCUCUACUGCUUUUGGUAUUCAAGCCAACGUACAAACUGACCCAGAUGAAACACUUCUGACAAAAGCAAGGCAAUCCUUUCGAUUCCCCUUCAUUCUGCGUAUUAUAGGCCGCAUGCCUCUCAUCAGUUCAAUUCUCCGAUUAGUCAUGCGUCUGAAAGGAGGGAUGGGCUAUUUUGGAAAUAUUGCUUUGGAGAUGAUCCGUCAGCGGCGAGGAGAAGGUGGCACCAGUCGACAGGAUCUGAUGCAACUUAUGCUGACCGCCCAUGAAGAAUCCACACUCCAGGGCGACAGCAAACUAACAGAUGAGGAAAUUGUCGCACAGUGCGUGGCAUUUUUAUUGGCCGGUCAUGAGACUUCAAUGAUCACUCUUUCUACCAUUGCAUACCAAUUGGCGUUAAAUCCAGAAAUUCAAGAGCAGUUGCGAAAAGCUAUUUUCCAGUUCACUGAGGAGAAUCCAGAGGCUUCCCUUUACGAGAUGUCCCAUAGUAUCGAGUAUCUUGACUGCGUCAUCAACGAAACUCAGCGACUGAGUCCUCCGGCACAUCAGUUGAACCGAGAGUGCGGCCAAGAUUUCCAAAUAAAGGGUAUUUCAAUUCCCAGCGGUACAGAGAUCGUUAUUCCUUUCUAUGCCCUUCAUCACGAUCCCGAUGCAUGGCCGGACCCGGAGAAAUUUGACCCUGGAAGAUUUCAAGGCUCCGCUAAAGAUACCCGUCAUCCAUACCAGUACCUUCCGUUCGGUGCCGGGCCCCGGAAUUGCAUUGGAAUGAGAUUUGCCCUGAUGGAGAUAAAGAUCGCAAUGGUAAAAAUCCUGAUGAAGUUCAAGUUUAUGCAGGCACCCGAGACACAGGUUCCACUUGUUAUGCACGCCGGUAACACCUUAUCUCCUCGCGAUGGGGUUCACCUAAAGAUUGGGUCCAUAUAGAAACUUCUCUAGAAGUUUUGUCACCUCCCACUUCAAGUUUGUUUUCGUCCGUGAGAUAUCUUAAACCCUGUCUAAACACCCGCAAAACCGGUUUUGCUCCUCCCUGUGAGUCUUUUCCAAUCUUCACCAUUUUCAUACUCGCCGUAGACCCCCCUCAUUCGCGCAUUCGAUUAGCCAACUAAAAGUUAAGAAUUAUGUACUGCUCAACGAUUUAAGAUUAGAAUAUUUUUCCUAGUUGAUAACUAGCCUAGUCACGAGAAUAUGAAUCAUCUUGGCCUUGAAUAAUAGCUGCUCUUGCACAAAGGGAGAGCUCCGUUGGACCCGCAAAAAAAUGAGUCUCCAUCUCGCUUGGUCCGCGCACGAAACGAACGAAAUCUGACACCAAAGAAAGGGGGGUGGGGAGGGCAAAA